AUGAUCUCGUUCACUACAUUCAAUGGCAGUCAUUACGCGAACAACGAGGAGUUGAAUUCCAUAACUGACGAAGAUUUUAGUAAAUACGCCGACGACGUCAGCUACCAAAGAGAACAAAGGCUCCCUAGCCACACUAUCUACGACAUUGGUUCAAACAGCGAACCAGUAGAAAAUAAUGAGACGAAUACAAUCGUUUCAACUAACAAUGCUACCACUCACACACACCACUCAAGCGAAAGUGACAAGGCCGAACUCGAUAUUAUCAAUGACAAAAUUUGGGCAGUCUGGGAGGACUGUACUGUUCGUUUUGAAUUGCCAUGGUCGGAUAACGAAAUACGUGACAUAGUUAAUGUGUGGCGAAGGCGGGGGAGGGGUAGGAAGCCUGUCAAUCCAUUUAUGGUAUAUCGCGCACUCUUAUCGUUAUCCAAAACGCUAGAUUAUAAGAAAAAGGAUUUUCCAAGUGGAGCCUUUCAAUGUUAUGUUAGCGGAUUCGCAAGCAAGACUUGGAAGAAAAAAACCGACUCUGCUAAAGGGGCGAUAAAAUUUCUUGCGAUAAAAAUCAACGAAUAUAUAGAGGCAAAAGAUUUGAAACCCACUUUAGAGCUGUAA